AUGUGUCGGAUUAAUAAAGUCGCUCUAGUGUUUAUCAUCACGCUGUUUUCAGUCGAGAACAAUCUGGGCUACAACACCGACCAGCUCUCAACGUCAGGUGCCAACAGUAUUACCGAUGGCAAGACAUCGAACGAGAAUCCCUCGCUGAAAGAAGAGCGAGGUCAUGAUACUACUGCAACAAGGAUUGCAACGACUAACAACGAAGACGGUACACUGAACGUGAUGACGUUCAACGGCAACGGUUUGGUGCAGAAAGCCGAGAGGAUGUGGGAUGGACUCUUUCAACAUCAUUCCAAUCGUCGACUUCGGCAGGCGUGA